GGAAAAGUAAAUGGGGGCUUGACGUUCUACUACAGCUCUCCCAACUCAAUUCAAUCUGUAGCAGUUCGCGUGUUGUUGUCGCGUUGUAGCGAUGUCAGUGUGGUAAUUUAUUCGCGCAUUGGGUAUAUAAACAAUGGUGACCAAAACAAUGACUACGUUGCUAGUGUCGGCUGCUGAAUUGUCCAAUAUUUUCUCCGUCCUCGCGGUAUUGUUAUGUUUCUGUGCCAUGAUAUUGUUCAUCACCAGGAACAUGAUGGUGCUGCGAGUACACGGCGAAGAGUUCGUCUUUCCGUCAAAUCUGCACCAGGUGCCGCCCAGGGUGCCGCAAAUGAACAUGAUGAAGGUCCACAUCCCCUUUACCUUCAAGCUGUUGGAGACGUCCAAGUCGUCGUAUUCUGAGUUGCAGUGCAGCAUGUCCAGCCAAGUAAAGUACCGCGUGAACGCGUACUGGGGCGUAAACAUAAGGGAGCUGCACAUCUUCCUGUGGAGGCCGUGGGCGGACCUUAGGGAUGCCUGUUUGAGGGGUGACUUCUUAAAGGGUUACUAUCAGUGUGCAGGCUUGCAGUUGGAAAGAACACCACAUUCCGAUCAGACUCUGACCUUGAAACUCGAAGGAACCUCGUUAGACCUGGGCACGCCACCGAGACUGUGCUAUCCUCUCGUCAUAUUCCUCUUUAGGAACGACACAGAAGACGGCGUCCAUCCAGACGAGACGGUCGCCUUGAUAAACGUGGUGCACAUCAAGGACACCGUCUGCACGCUGCCCACCAGUAUUUUGGCCCAGUACCUCAAGCAGGCCAACGGCCAAUUAUCUUGUCUCAAACAACUGUAUUUGGCGACCGGUAACCCUGGAGGGUACGAAGAAGGACAGAUUCCUUUGGCUGUGGCUGAACCCGUUGAAGGGGGACCGGGUCCAGUGGGCCGUACUCUGGUUUGUCCCACGAACGAGGAUUCCACUUUGUGGAACAGCUCCGGAGAGCAGCUGUGCGUGGUUUGUCAGUAUUUUCCGCUGUCGAGGGCCCUUCUCCCGUGCAGACACACGUGCAUCUGCGCGAGCUGCUUCGACAAACUGGACCGCUGCCCGAUGUGCAGGGGCCCCAUAAAGAGCUACUUCUGCAUCAGGGGCGAGGAGUACAUGCCCAUACAGCCGGGCCCCAAGACGCAGAGCUCCCACGGCCCCAUCUACAACUGGCUGCACAGCUGGGACGACCGCUUGACGGACUUCCUCGGAUUCCAGCGAUAACCGCUUAACCUUAGCUAUUUAUUGAAUGUGACUUCCUGAUAUAACUAGUGAUGCGAAAUUAUUUAUCAGUCGUUGUCUGUUGGGCGCCGCCGAUAUGUAUUCCAUGGAAUUAAAUAUACCUCGAUGACGUAGCAUGAUUUUUUUAUUGUAGUAAUUGUUUCGUCCAAAAGAAUCGCAUUGAAAGAGUUCUCGUUUAGCGUAGCAUCACUUAAACGUAAAUUUAGUAUUAAACUUAGGUUGUGAGGUGUGUAAGUAAGAUACGGUUAUAAAUUUCUUAUCAUUUAUGUAAAAAUCUGUACAUUUCUGUUGUAAAUGCAAUAAUAUUUAUAUAGCUUGUAAGCGAAUAGUCAAUAUCGUACACGUAGAGUUAAAUUUAGAGUAUAUUUUAGUAAUUAUCUGACUAAGCCUGUGAUAAUAUAUGAUUCAAUUAAAUAUUAUUUAUAUAUAAA